AUGAAGGAACUCUACCUGAUGUUUGUCUCCCUUUUGGUUUGCCUUUUCUUUACAAAGCAAAUUAUCAACGAGGAACUCCUCUCCGUGGACAGAAUCAGACAUACCAUGAGGAACUAUAGCAUGAUGGAUGAAUCCAAGGGGUUCUCGAACUUCGCCCUACUGUAUCUAUACAACGCGUUGCGGUGCACACUGACGCAAGACGCUUUCGAGUCCCAUGAGGAUGAGAAAUACAGGAAGGCGAUAUUCCUUGUGAAGCACAACUUGCUGCGCUUGCGCCAGAACAAGGCGAAUAGAAACUUGUGGUUGUUCUUCGAGUUUGACCUCACGGAUGUGUUUGUGUCCGCGAUGGCCGAAAUAGAAGCGAACAUGAGGAACUACAAUAUGGGUCUUCUCGAAAUGUACAACGAGUUGCGUCUGUCCGACUUUACCUUCAACCGUGUGUCCAACCUGGAGAUGGACAUAUGCACCAAUCACAUUUUCUCGGUCGAGGAGAUCAGUCUGCACUUGACCGUUGUGCCUUUCUUGUUGGAGGAAGCAGACGUAACUACCAAAAUGUACACCCAGGAAAUGCGGCAAGCCCUAUGGAAGACGCUGAACUUCAUUAACUUUUGCAUGCUACAAAUAAACGAGCACAACAUUACCAUUACCGAUAUGUACAAAAAGGAGAUAAAUGUGUUCCUCAAAGUGACAGACAAAUUUGACUUCAUAUCAAUUAACGAAGAAAAUAUCCUGGAGCUACACGAUGAGAUCCAUUUGAAGAAUAAAUAUGGAAACAAAUUGCUUCAACAUUUUUUCAUUUUCUUAAAUCUUGUUUUACCUUAUCAAGUGCUUCACCAGUAUGAGUACUUCCACUACAUUCAAGUGCUACCUAUUUACAUACGUACGAAAAAGGGGACGAUGAAAUCACGGAGUUAUAAUAUGGGCAGCAUUUGCUACCCCUUAGUAGAGGGGCUCUACAAACAUGAUUUAAAAAUAAAUCAAGGAAUUAUACUAAUACGUAUUUUAACACAAUACAACAUACAAAGUCAUACGAAACGAAUGUAUUACUAUGAUUCGGAUUUUAUAUAUAAGGCCAUAAUAUAUGAAUCUGUUUUAUCUUCCUCAUUAGAAUCAUCCUCUGGUGAAUUUGGUGUAAAAUUUGAACCCCUGUAUUCACAGAAUAUGGACAUGACAAAAGGGGCUCUGGCUCCUGAGGAAGACAUAACGUUAAGUCUCAUUCUGCUCGUCAGUACUGACACCUAUGUGGAGGUCUUAUUAGAACAAAUACACAAUUUUGUUUUUCCAAGGGAUAUGCUUUUAUCCAAUUGGGAUUCUAACAAAGAGAGAAUCAAAAUUAUGGGUUCUUGCAUUUACACCAAAGAAGCGCAGCCCCCUAUUUUUCAAGGCUUUUUUUCCAGAGGACUUAGCACCUACAUUUUGUUCAAAAUUUUGGACUUUUUAAAGCCGAACAAGAAGCUCCUCUACCUGUCCAUUGACAAGGCCGAGGACAGCAAGAACCAAAUCGCCUCGGAGAAAAUCGCCGAGCGCAUUAUGAACGUCACGCAGCAGCUGUAUGAGGUCGUCCUCCUCUUCGAGCGAGAUGACAUAAUCAACUUUGACAAAUUCGAACACAGCGACGAAUGCGACAUGUGCCUGGUGGGUUACCGAGGGCUGUACACCCUAUACGUGUGUAUUUUUAUCCCGAUUUUGAUCAGCAUCCUUAUUUGCUACUGCAUUUACAAAAGAAAAAUCGGAUCCCAAGGUAACUCGGCUGUGAGGAAAAUUACGAUAUUCCCAAACCAGGUCAAGUCAAUUGAGCCAAACAUAGUAACGCUGCAGUUAUAG